AUGGCUCUUGAUCGGUACUGUGCUAUCUGUCAUCCUCUCCGAUACACGACUAUCAUUAAAAAAUGCACAAUUCACAUUCUCAGUGUGACUGCAUGGAUUGUUGGUAUUGGAGCCCCAUUAGCAUUAGUGAUUAGAGCAUAUCCUCUUCCUUAUUGUGGAUCAAAUGUCAUCAAUCACUGUUUCUGUGAUCAUAUUGGAAUAACAGUUCUGGCCUGCACUGACAGAAGCCCUUAUUCCUUUACUGCUUUUGUGGGAGCAAUGCUUACACUGUUAGGACCUCUGGCAUUCAUAGUUUUUUCAUACGGCUCAAUAUUUGUAGAAAUAAGUAAGGUAGCAGAUUCAAAAAGUUGUGUGAAGUCUCUGUCAACAUGUAGUACUCAAUUGAUAAUAAUCUCAUUGUACUAUGUGCCCCGAUGUUUUGUGUACCUAGCUAGCCAGGUCGGCAUCACAUUUAGUGCUGGUUUGCGAAUAGUAAUUAUAAUGCUUUAUAGCCUUGUCCCUCCAAUGAUAAACCCGCUCAUAUAUUGCCUACGAGCUAAAGACAUCAGGCAGUGUUUGAUUAAACAAUUCUACAUAACAACUGGACGUCAAAAAGCUCAGGUUUCAGCAGUCAGUAACUGACAGAUCAUUACAUUGAUUUAAUAUCACCCAUUUGUUUUUAUGUUGAAAGAUUUCUUAUU